AUUAUUUAAUGCGGCAGAAGCCGCAGGCCCAUGAGGCAUAGAGAAGCUCCUCUCCAUUCUUGUUCUGGUCAAAAUUCUGUCCCGCCCUCCUCAUGACGUCGCCAAUAUUAGCAAAGCCUUCCAACUGCCCCUCCCUCCAUCAUAGCCUGGAACUCCAAGGAUUCUCCAGAACUUGCACACCAAAUUUGGCAUCCACGUCUUGUGUUCCACCCCUUCAAAAUGUCGACCUUUUCCUCUAUUCCCAGCCGAUGCCCUCCACCACCCUUUUCCCUCAUCGUCUUCUGCACCUUCCUCUUCCUUAUCUUUCCUCCUUACACGAAUCCUCGUUUGCUCCCUUCUCUCUUUCCUACCUUUGUGUCUUGACAUCUUUCCAUGUUUCAAUUUACGUGGUAAACGGAUGAAAUGUGUGUUCCGAACUUUCUUGGUUUUCUAGCUAACCGGGGAAUUCUACAAUGUUGGCAUUCCGAACUUUCUUGGUUUUCUAGCUAAGUCUGUUCGAAUUUAGGAUCAGCCUAUGGUUUCAAUUGUUGGGCAGUCGGAAUUCUGGUUGGUUUAUCAUUUUUCUUCUUCGUAGCAUUUGGGAUUUGGGGAGGAAGGAUUUCGGAUAGAGUAUUGCAGAAAUGAGCUGCUUUCCUUGUUUUAUGUCCGUGAAGUUAGCAAAGAAAUCCGUUGGCUGGAAGGAAAGAUCGGGGCAACUAUCUGAGAAGCAGAAGGUUUCAGCUGACGGCAAACAAGAGGGAAGUAAUAAAGUUGGUAAUGGAAAUAUUACAGCACAGACAUUCACUUUCCGUGAAUUAGCAUCUGCUACCAAAAAUUUCCGAUCUGAAUGUCUUAUAGGUGAAGGAGGUUUUGGAAGAGUUUAUAAGGGACAACUCGAGGGUACUGGUCAGGUUGUGGCUAUUAAGCAGCUCGACCGCAAUGGGCUACAAGGGAACAGAGAGUUCCUUGUUGAGGUGCUAAUGCUUAGUCUCCUUCACCACCCAAAUCUGGUCAACUUGAUUGGGUACUGCGCUGAUGGUGAUCAAAGGCUUUUGGUAUACGAGUUUAUGCCAUUGGGAUCUCUGGAGGGUCAUCUACUUGAUGUAUCACCUAAGCAAAAGCCUUUGGAGUGGUUUAUUAGAAUGAAAAUAGCUACUGGAGCUGCUAAAGGAUUAGAAUAUUUGCAUGACAAGGCCAACCCACCUGUUAUCUAUCGAGACCUGAAAUCUUCUAAUAUUUUAUUGGACAAGGAGUUCAACGCGAAACUGUCUGAUUUUGGACUUGCUAAACUGGGUCCUGUGGGUGAUAAGACACAUGUAUCUUCACGUGUGAUGGGGACUUAUGGAUACUGUGCACCAGAGUAUGCUCGAACUGGUCAACUAACUGUAAAGUCUGAUGUCUAUAGUUUUGGGGUUGUUCUCUUGGAGAUCAUUACAGGAAGAAGGGCCAUCAAUACUGCUAGGCAUGGAGAUGAGCAAAAUUUGGUCAAUUGGGCACAACCGAUUUUCCGGGAUCAGAAGAGAUAUCAUGAAUUGGCGGACCCAAAGCUCAAAGGAAACUACCCGGAAAAAGGUCUAAAUCAAGCAAUUGCAGUUGCUGCCAUGUGCCUCCAAGAGGAAGCUUCAACCCGACCUUCUAUUGCUGAUGUGGUGACUGCCCUUAGUUUCCUCUCAAUGCCAACUGAUGAUUUUUGUGUUAAAAAUCCUUCACCUGUGGCAUCGCCCAUUCAAGACAUAGGAGUGGAUGCAUUAAGUGCUGCAGAGCGGCAACAAGCAAUUGCUGAGGCUAUGAAGUGGGGUUCGAGUUCACGGGGAAGCAGGCUGGCAUCAGAUGGUGGGAACGCUUGAACUGUAAAUCAGUAACAUUGUGUCUGUUCGCUAUCUUUUUGCAAGCCCCUGUUUGUUAAUUCAUAUUUGAUGGAUCAUCCUUCAAGCUUCAAAAUUUCAGAGAGUGCAGACAUCUCGCUAAAAAGAGAAGGGGCCUAUUACCCCAUCCGGGCAGUGAACUGUAAAUCAGUAACAUUGUGUCUGUUUGCUAUCUUUUUGCAAGCACCUUUUUGUUAAUUCAUAUUUGAUGGAUCAUCCUUCAAGCUUCAAAAUUUCAGGGAGUGCAGACAUCUUACUGAAAAGAGAAGUGGCCCCCAGCAGGGCUAUCAGGAAGGAGCUCAGACGUUUCGGAAGAAACAUUUUGGAAAAUCACGGUUCUGUAGCAUUUUACACGUUUGUAACUGUGUAUAUUUUCUUGUUUUAGUUUGUUAUCUUUGUGUAAACAAUUCAUUAAGGUGAGUAACUUUUCUUUCA